CUCUGGCCUUACUACAUUCCAGUUGUGACUAAGACGAAAUACUACUAGCAGUACUUUUCGCCCGCUACGUAUCAUAGGUAGCUAUUGUACUUGCAUACCUACUAGGUACCUAGGUAGGCACAUAUCGACGAACUUCUCCCAAAACAAAGAAUAGUUCGCCUUUUGGGCAACCUACCAGUCGCCCCACGAUGUCGCAUUCAUUUGACCAGGAGUCUGAUGGCUACAAUGAAGUCCGUCCGACUUUCUACAUCGGUCAACAUGACUCGACGAGGUCUGAUUCGUUGACUGACUUACAAUACGGUCAAGUCCUGAACUCUGGUUUUAGCUUUAUUACAACCCCCAUCACCAACGAGCAUUUUCAUGAUCGCGUCUUGAAUCUCCUCAAAGCUAGCCUGUUGGAUGCCAAAAACAACGAGCAAGCAGGCUCCAUUUUAGAUCCGGUGGUACCACCCUUGACCACCGAGGAUACUAACCUCUUCCCGGGAACCUACACAAGUGGGCUUGUUGCUUACUCUAGCCCGUGGAUUGACUUAUGCUCUCCUAAUCAUGUUAUCUCCAGCAUUUCUAGGCAGGUCCUGAAUCUGGAAGUCUCCUAUGCCAAUUUCUGUGGUGUCAGGAGCAUCAUAGUACCUGGACCUAGGCAGGACUCGAUCAAGGUUGGCAACAGCCAAGGGAUCGCUCAGUAUGGCCGAGCUAUCCACGAAGCCUUUUCCAUCGGAACACGGAUUAGCAUUAUCGUCCACAUUCCCAUGUAUCGCGAGCCUAGCCUAGAAGAAAAGGUACCGCAGUUGUCUUUAUUCGACGAAAACACAAGCGAAACACCCUCCAAAGAAGAAAUCGAUCUCUUCAGUGCCUGGGACUCUUGGCACCUCAUUCGUACUGUUUGUGAAUACGAUGCUAGGCUUUUCGUUGCCCUCAAAAUCCCACGUGUGCUUCCGGAGAAGGAACUUCAGACGAGAUGGUUCUCAGAGCCUCUUCAAUAUCUGUCGUUUAAUCCCCAGACAUUCCAGACGAACAAAGCCGGACACCCUUCUCUUAGCCGCCAUCAUCAAGAAUUGAUCUUUAGCUAUAUGCGCCUUAAAAAUGCGCCAUACUUUCUCCUUUGUGAUGUGGGCCCAGAGGUGCAGGCCGAUUUCGACCCUAAGCAGAUCACGAGCGCCAACUUCCCAACGUUAGUCGAAGCAGCCGCACACCACACCGCAAGCAGCAAUGGCAACGGCAACUUCCAGGGACAGAACGGCUACUCGGCCUAUCUUAGGCAUCUCGAGAGGCAACAGGAGCCUCUCAGCGACUUGGAACUGACCACCCUGACGAACUUCCAGGACUGGCUGCAGUCGCCAUUGCAACCCCUCUCAGAUAACCUCGAAUCCGUCACAUAUGAAGUCUUCGAGGGCGAUCCCGUGAAAUACUUCCAAUACGAAAUGGCCAUCGCGGCCGCACUUAGGGAGUGGGAUGCGCUAGGAAAGCCCAAGUCCGGCCCGGCAGGCGAAGUUGUCAUCGCAGUCGCGGGAUCCGGUCGAGGACCGCUCGUCACGCGAGCCUUACGAGCCAGCGAGUCCACCGGCGUCCCCGUGCGCCUGUGGGCCGUAGAAAAGAACCCGAACGCGUACGUCUACCUCCUGCGCCAAAACCAGCGAGAAUGGGACGGCCGCGUCACCGUCGUGAAGACCGACAUGCGAGCGUGGAAAGGCCCGCUCCUCUCCGACCCUUCUUCUUCCCCGCCCGUCCACGGCAAGGUAGACAUCCUCGUCUCGGAGCUCCUCGGCUCCUUCGGCGACAACGAGCUCAGCCCCGAAUGCCUCGACGGCAUCCAGCACGUGCUGGCCCCGGGCUCCGGCAUCUCGAUCCCGGCCUCGUACACGGCGCACGCGACCCCCAUCUCCACGCCCCGCAUCUACGCGGACAUCUGCCAGCGCGCGGCGGCGGCGGACGCGAACGCGUUCGACACGCCCUGGGUCGUGCGCCUGUUCGCCAUAGACUUCGUCGCCGCGAAGGGGGUCCCCGACCAUCCCCGCUUCCAGCAGGCGUGGGAGUUCGCGCACCCGCUGCCCAAGGCGACGAUGGAUGCCGUGGAGGCGAGGCGCGCGGGAGGCGUUGCAGGUGGCGGCGGAGGCAGCAUGGCGGGUGCGGUGGGCGCGAACGAUCAUAACGCGCGACAUUGCUGUAUGACGUUCGUGUGUCGUACUCGAGGGGUCGUGCAUGGGCUCGCGGGCUACUUCGAGGCGGUGCUGUAUGAGUCUAAGACGGAGACGGGCGCAGGAAAAGAGGGCGAGGAGGGGGAAGAGGAGGGAAAGGGCAUGGUGGAUGGAAAGGUCGAGUUGAGCACGCUGCCGGAUUUGAUACAGAGGAAGAGCAAGGAUAUGAUCUCUUGGUUUCCCAUCUUCUUUCCGCUGAAGGAACCGCUCUACUUCCCGCCGGAUACCGAGCUGGAGGUUAGCAUGUGGCGACAGACCGACGACGCGAAGGUGUGGUACGAGUGGAUGGUCGAGGCAUUCAUGUGGGUUAGUCCGUCACAUAGGGUUAAAGUUGGGGGAUCGGGCCUAUGCAGUAGCCGCAAAGUGGCUUGCCUGUUGUGAUACCUACAUCCACGAUCUUAGGUAAGGGGGACAUUUGAAGGGGAGGAGGGGGAAAGGCACGAGCAAGAGAGGGACGAGGUUAGGGGAAAAGCAUUUGCAUUUUAGGGACUGUCCUCCGUUAGGAUAGCCCCUUUUCCCAUGCUGCCCAGCUCGGGACCACCGAGUUGGCGAUGAAUUCAAAGAACUACCAUGACCGAACCACAGAAAUGCCUAUCCCGUUGUGUUUGCUAAUCGGGCAGUAGGUCGUAUACAUUCAUGGCAUUUGCUCCAAGGCCGUUGAUUUUUGCCCGUCAUCGUAAGCCCAGUGCUAUAUCCUGCCCUGCUUCGUUCUUCCAAGACAUCGAGGCCAUGCUUCAUUUAAGGGUAUAUAUCUGCCACCUUCGUCUGAUCCGAACCUAGCUUUAACUUAUCCGCCCAUCUUGACGUCGCCGUUUUCGCCUUGGUCGGCGGCUUUGAUCCAUAAUACGUUGUUACAUCUGCAAGGGUUG